AUGUAUGCGAAGAACCAACAAGACCGAUGGAAAAAGCUGAGUAAGCACGAGACAUUAGGAUUGGCAUUGUUUGGUGCCCUUGUGGUGUUUGCUUAA